GGUCAAGUGUAUUGCCAUUCACAUGAAGUGCCAACAAGAAAGAAUGAAGUCGACGAACGAAUAACUGAACGAAUGCGCUCACCUUACUCCAUUAAUUAUGGUAACCGCUGAGUGCAGAGGGUCGCGACGUAAAAUCUUUUGAAGGGCUCCAAUGAUCAUAACAGAACAAGUGAGCUCCUGCGCAUACGACAAACCGAGAGGCAGCUAGAAGAAACAAACCAACCCGCGUGCACAGAGAGAAGACAAUACUCGCUGCCAUCCCCUCUGCGAUGAGUGAUCAACGCUGCAUCAAGGAGGGAUGGCUUCAGAAGCGCAGUCGACCAGGAAAACUCGUGGGUAACUGGCGUAGGCGCUACUUCCGCUUGACUAGCACCGAGUUGGCCUACUACAAGUCGCCACAAGACGUCGCACCACGCCGCCGAUACGAACUAACACUAGACUCUAGUGUACUCCGCACGAAUGACCAAGGUUAUAGUAAUUGCAUCGCGUUCCAAGCCGCACCUGGACAGCCGAGUUUCUAUAUGCUGGCAGAUAACGAAGACGAGAAGGAAGAGUGGACCACAGCCAUCUACAACGCCUACCGUCGCACUCCGGACGUGGCUCAACAGCCUCCCGCCCCGGAGAUACCAAAAGCCACUCCAGAGUCAACACCUCCUCAACCGCCUCCACCACCUGCUCCUCCUUCCCGGAUUUUACUUAAACUAGUUGUUGAGGAGGCUCGGAAGCUCAAAGCUGCAGACAUGAACGGGAAGAGUGAUCCGUAUUGUAUUGUUAAGCUCAUUGGCAAAGAUGGAAAGACCAUCGAAGUCGAGGAGAAACGCACAGACGUGAUCUCAGCAACGCUCGAGCCUGUGUGGAAGGCGUCAUUUGAGAUUGGUAGAGUUGUCGACUUGAACUCGGUUAAAGCCGUUCGAUUCGACUUGAUGGACCACGAUACCUUACAGCGGCACGACAGCUUGGGGACAGUGGAGGUGCCUUUCUCGAGAUUCCGCAUGUCAUCGGCUAGUACAGUCCAGUCAGAGCCUAUUGAUGAAUGGUUUCGAGUAAAUCCACCGAAAAAAACUGGGUUGUCGUCUUCUUUCCGAGAGAAAGAGCACGUAGUUAAAGACUGGGGUGAGCUGCAUGUCAAGAUGAGCAUUACAGGACCAAAUCUUGUGGAUUUCUUUCACAAUUCGGAGCUCGAGUUCGUGCCAACGAGUCCUGUCGCUACGGCGACCAAAGAACACACGGACAACCGCCUGGAGGUGACGGUUCUCGCAGCCAGAAAUCUCAUUAGUGUGGAUGCCAAUGACUCGUCCGAUCCGUACUGUGAACUCACGCUACUGGAUGACAAUGGGAGACCCAUUUCAAGUGAAUAUGCUACUACUGCCACUAUGCAUCGUACGCGGAAUCCUACGUGGGCAAACGAACACCACGUGUUCGGCUUGAUCUGUCCUAUUGAGACGGCAGCUAGUCUCAAAGUGAGGGUUGUUGAUUAUGACAAAACGAACCGGAAUGAUCCUCUUGGGUUUGUUAUUAUCCAUCUAGAACAGUUAUCUGCUCAUAAAUGGACGGAGUGGCACGCACUGCAACCCGAAGAGGGCAUGUCAAACCGCGCAAAUCUCGGCGAAAUCCAGCUCAAAAUCUGGCUUAUUGGUGAGAGGCGUGGAGAACAUGCUCGUCGACUGAAGAUCGACAAGGAACUCCAUUUGAAAGCGCACAGCCAAUCCGUCGAGCAGCUUGAGUAUGAGAACGCCCAGAUUGAGAUGUACGAUGCGGCUUGCAAGCUGGAUGGAGCUCGCAUUCCAUGUGCUGUGACCGACUACCAGGCGCGUGAUCCACGCUUUUAUGGUAUCAAUGGGUGCAUUCAUUACCUGAACAGCCAAAUUCCGCGAGCCCAUCAAGAGAAAACAUCGACGGAUGAAAGCUUUCAAGCCCGUACGGGACUAGAAGGACAGGCAUUGCUUGAGGUGACGGUGAUUCAAGCGUCUGAUCUGAAGCAGAAUCAAAAAGCAGGUGAUAAGCCAAGUACGGCUACUCCGUAUGCGGUGAUUGAGCUCGAUCCAUCCGUGUGUGUUGAGGAAUGCAAGCGUACAAGUGCACCGUUAUCUCCCAAGAAAAGUAAACGAGUUGCUGCAGGUGAGGCACGAAACACGAUGUUCUCAAAGCGUGCACAAGGAGAAGUAUCGAUGCAUCGAACGAAGCUGGCGAAAAACGAAAUGCGAUCGGAAAGUCCACUGGAAAUUAACCCCGACAUACUAGUUCUGAAGGUGGAAAUUCGUACUGGACACGCUCUUAGUCCGGCCGAUAUGAACGGCUAUAGUGAUCCAUACUGCACACUUUCUCUCACUGAUCGCACCACUGGAAAGGCUAUCGAAGCUGAGAAGAAACGCACCGCGGUGAUGUCAAAGACACUAAAUCCUGUUUGGACCAACGAGAUCUUCGUAUUUGGCAACAAUGUCCCCCUUUUAGACGCUAAAUCGCUUCUGGUUCAUGUGAAGGACCACAAUAACAUUGGGAGGAGUACUCCUCUUGGUCGGGUGGAGAUCCCGCUGUCCGAUUUGUGUCGAGAAUCAGUGGAUUCUACGUCGAUUUCUUCGACGGAAGUGGUCAAGAGAUACGAACUGAAGCCCGAACCUUGGAUGAAGAAGUCUGCCAAAGAGCUGGGAGAGUUGUGCAUCAAAACGGAAUUCGUCGGAAACACAACAGCAUUGGCUGAGCUGGUGCAGCGUAUGUCUAGUGCCCCGAUAGAGAACUCGUCCAGCUCGUCAGAGGCCAAAAUCCAAAGCGAAGCUUCGAUUGAUACGAAUAUGUCGAUGCUGGACUUGGAUGAAUCUGAGUUUGAAGACGAGAAGACUGAGAUCCUUCAACUUGGAGCCCCGAUAAAGACAUCCACAUCGAAAAUACUUGGCACGAACAGCACAGCAACAUGGGACAAGGAGAAGUUUUCACUUUCGUUGUCAUAUCCUGGAUUAUUCAGUGAUGCAAAGUAUCCAAAUAUGGAUACCCAGCUCCUUCAGUUGCGUGUUCAUGAAGCUCGGAACCUGUUAAUCUCUGCUGCAGCUGGUGAUCGUAGCAAUACUGGGCCCUCGGCAACUGAACGUGAUGCUGUUGAAGGCCCAACAAACAGCAAGGCUCAAAAUCCCACCCAGCGGCAACGGAACGCAACAAAUGUUUACUUCACGGUCGUUCCUGUUCGUCGAGACGGGACACUGGAAGAUGCCGAGCGUAUUCAAAGUCUGACCGUCUACAAUGCACGCGAUCCAUCGUGGCCGGUCCAGGAGUUUGUCUUUGGGAAAGUCAAAGAUAUUGCCAACGUCUCGUAUCUUUCUCUUCACAUGUACGAGCGAGACGUGGAAAGUGACCAAGAGAGCGUUCUGUCAAACUUGCUUACCGAUAAGGAGAAGAAACUGGACGUGUGUCUGAAGCGGUUCCAACUGCACAAACUAUCGUCAUCUGGAGAAGUGGAGGACGACGACUUCGAGCUGUUACAAUUCGGCCAACGGGUACUAGCGUUUCGUGGUGGAGAAGAUGGCGGUCGCUUUUAUCCGGCGUGUAUACAGAGAUACAUUCCGUUCCCAGACGACGAAUACGAAGUUCGCUUCGAUGAUGAAAUUAACACGAUCGAUGAGCUUCGAAACCUCAUCUCUCUUGAUGUGAAGGGGGUUGUUCAAGCGGAGCGAAGUGACGGAAGGCUGGACGUGGCUGUCGACAAUGAGAGCACGAACUCAGUGAAGCGAAGCUCUCGGUAUGUCGUGAAGCCUAGUCAACUCGUACCAGUGAACAGUUUGACAGGGAGUGUGGAGAGACUAAUGGCUAGACGCUUGGAUGUGGCGAAAGAAGAAAACGAGAGGUGGGCAAGGAUGCAGCACAUGGUUUCUGGUAUUGUCGUCGAUGUUUUGUCUGCGUCAGAUUUGGUCGUACCUGUAAUUAAAGAUGGGAAACUACAGAAGAUGAAACACCUCGACAAGAACGACAACCUUGAGUGCCGUGUGACUUUGCUUGGAAAACCAAGGCAGAAGGAGCCAAAUCUCUGCUAUUUCAACGAUCGCGGGGAGUUGUUUACAAGUGAAACCAUGUCACAGUCAACGUGGAAAUGGGAGAAAGAUAAACAAUUGGAGGCUACUAUCGGAGCCCAAAACGAGACAAACGACAAUGAAUCUGGAGCUUCCGAAAAAGAUAAUAGUGUGCUUUUGUUCCAGAAUCAACCCCUUGUAAUUGGUAGAGUGGAAAAGAUUUCACCUACUGACGCGAAGGAAACUAAAGUGGAAUACAGAUACCAGCCUGUUGACCCAAACGAAGCCAAGGUCGGAUGCCAAAUCCUAGAACAGACUUCAAGUAUCUUGAUCCAAAUAAACGCACAAGUCAAGGUGGAAAAUCAAGAUGAAACUGGAAGCAAAAAGAAUUUAAAGAAGGAGAUUCACGUUAAGGAAUCUCGAUUGCUGAAUAUAACCCUUGGAUAUGCGAAGAUCGACCUCGCCAUGCUGCGGAGUAAACAACAAACCUUACGUCUGCAGAUCGUCCCUCUCAAGUCCGCAAACGUUCCGUAUUUCAAGUCUGUGGGCUCCCUAUUCGUCCGCAUCUCAACAUCGUCCGACGACUGUAAGAUGAAGACCGUUAGAGCCCUUGUCAAAGCAGAAGACCCCGAACACCCUCGCUUGUUCGAGUUAAGCUCGUGGUACGAAAAACAACUUCAGCUUGAAGCGGUGUCGUCUUCAUUGUUUACUCGCGGAGUUACGUGGAUUGAACGUCGGCAACUUCUCCGCACUUCGCUGUCUCCGACCGAAAACGCUCAGAUCGAUGCAUUGCACACCGUUCUGGUGAUCGUGAUGAAGCGGAUCGUAAACAUCUUACGCGAGAUCCAGCAGUUUGAAGCGUUCGAAGCACUAUGUGUUGAUGAAAUGAGGAUGUCUCGUCUGGUUCACACUGUGAACGCUGAUCCAGGCAGCGAAUAUCUAGGCCGCACGAUGGAUAAACUGCCACACGAAGUUCGCAAGGAGAUCGUUGUCGGGCUGGAAAAUGAACUCCUGGAUUUGGCUGGAGUAUCCGGGCCACGCAUCUACCCUGCUGUAGAUACCUCUCGAGAAGAAUGGAUGCGUCUGCGAACCGAGCGACAAAAGCUACUACAAGAGUACGGGAACUUUUUCAUGCGGGAUCAAACAAGUGCGUUAGUCGUGUCCGUUCCAAAGAGCUUCACGGGCGAAGGGAUAAUCGCUUGGUUCCGGCGUCGGCCUUCAGUAUUAUGGGACGACAAGUGGGAAGUCUAUUGUAACGAUGCCGCGAUUAUUUCGUCGUGCAAGUUGGGCUGGCGUAGUCAGAGCUUAGAAUAUGACCCGGAUGCGCUUCAAGCGCCAACAGACGACGUGCAUGUUUUGCAAUGGAUGAGUGCAUUGUGUGCUGCUGGGUAUGUGGAAAAUGUCACUCCAGGAAUUGGAUUUGGCAAACGACGAGUGCUUCUGGAAUGUAGGGAUGAUUAUUUCUAUCGUUUACGUGAAGUAGAUAUGUGGAUGGAGAAUUUAUCACGGGAGAGUAGCUUGUUCCCUCUAGAUCUCGUUCAGGAGAUCGAUUGCUAUCAGGAGAAGUCGUUGGAACAAAACAAUGCUGGUACUGAGAAUGAACAGACACAGACUACGACUAAGGAAACACGAAGCUACGCGAAGAAACUCACUGAGUACUGUGAUGGCUUUCUAGGCAUGCACACCAUGUUGUCCAGUGUGUUAUUCGCUGUCAAGGAUUUGAAGAACGCUCUCAUGCCUCCUGUAGUCGAGAAGCCAAGUGAUAAUACUGGAAAUACGGAGAAGGGUUCUGUGGCAAGCGCAGAAGAACAAGGCACUGUCCAAGUUGUUGAGAGUAUUCUAUGGGAUUGGAAGUAUUGUCUCUUCAUGCCGAGUCGUAAGCACGUGUACAUUUACGAGAACGAGACUUCAACAGCUCCUGUCGCGUUUAUCGAUAUGGCGAGCGCAGUGUGUAAAGUUGCGUAUAACUUCUCGAAUGAUGUGAAAGGCGGGUGGAUGGACAUUGUAAACCCCACAGUGUACGUCAGGAAACCAAACUCGAGGGAAUUCGAAUCCGUGACCCCCGAAAUCCUCAAUAAAAUGACGAAACCUCGAGCCAACGGAGACAAAGUCAUCGAAGUGAAGACCUCGAGUACGCAGAAGUGGAUCCAGGCAUUGGCACGCUCAGGUGUCUGCGUCGAUAUGCGCCCAGGUCAGGAGGUGCUGAUGAAACGGUUAAACCCAAUUAUUCUGCAGCAAAAAUGCAACAAACACGCCACAGAGUUCGAUCCUAAUGAUCUCGAGGGAAGCUUCCAAAGGCUGCUCAAUCGACUGUUCGGUCAUGACAAGGGAUUGACAUACCAAGAUCAUGAAACGGAACGCCGAGAACUGCGUGCUCAAGUACGGAGUGAGCUGAAAAAGGCAGGUAAUGAAGGUGACACGGUGAUGGCGUAUUAUGGCAAAGGCAAGAACCGAAGGUCCAAGCCUAUGAACAGUGGGAAUUUCAAGAACGAUUCGCUGUAUCCGGGACGAAUUCUUCGUAUUCGUACUCCGUUUACGGACGAAAAAUAUCCGUUUAAGACGACGUACGAUAUGACAGACACUAACGAAGUCCCCACAGAACUUGCAAAGCUUUUGGCGAAGUACAAGGUCGUUGAUAAGACAUCGUGGUUGAGCCUACCGAAGUCCCAACGUGACAUGUUCUUGCUCUACGUUGUCGAGUACAGUCACGCCAAUGAACGGAUUGUCGAGGAGGGAUUAAUGCGCGAACAUAUUCGUACGAAUGAGGGGGAUCUGGAUCCUCAAAAAGUGAGUGACAAGUGCGCAGAUCUCAACAUUCUGUUCAAGGCCACCGAUCUCGAGAAUUGUGUCUCGCGAAUGGUGAAGCACAGAUACCGUCACAAGUCUCUUGGCGUUCUCAAGAUCCAUACGAAGAUGAUUUCACCUCAUCGAACGAUUGAUGCGUGGUACCCACUUGCACCAGCUAGCGACAUGCUUCAGAGGACCAAUCUAGGUCAGGUUAGAGUGGAGCUUAAGCUGGUGCAGAAGCGGGAGGUGACACGAAGCGCUAAACUCCCUCCGAUCCCUGAAAAUGUCAGAACCGAUGAGUUAACACCACAAGAUCAAGGUAAAAGCACUGUCUCCCAGGCUACAGACAGCAAGGGCAGACUACCGUUCGCCGUAGGGCGAGAACCGUCAUUUGUUAAGGUCUCGAUCCUGGAAGGACGCAGUUUACCUGUCGCCGACAUGUUUACAAGUGAUUCGUUUGUGGAAAUCAUCUUAUUGGACGAAAACUCGAAGGAGCGGGAUACGAGUCUGAAAACGGACAUCAAGAUGAAAACACUGAAUCCAAAGUGGGAAAACCAAGAGUUCUUGCUAGGAAAGACGGAGAAAACCAAACUUAGUGACAAGAAAGGAAUUCUGCUGCGUGUGAUGGACUAUGAUGCUGCGUCGGCGAAUGAUCCGCUAGGCUGUGUGACGAUUGAGUUUCAACGAAGGGAGGGAUACAUCAGAGGUCUCGUACUGAAGCAGGCUGAUGCCUAUGGAAAUGCUGAUACACGAGAUCUCAAGCUGGAAGAUCACAGCCGCGUUGAAGUAGAGGCGAUGCUGCUUCCAAUAUCUGGCAAGCCGAAGCCGAAGAAAACUCCUGCGCCAGACGGAGUGCUGGGGAAGUUGCGGUUUGUAGUUGAAAUAAUCCGGAACGAUAGUUCUGUGAAUGUCAUUGAGAAACGCAUCGAGAAACGACUCGAAGCAACGACAAGUUAUUCGGCGGAGAUAGCGAUCAAGAAGGCGAUCAAGAAUACAGGAGCUCAGGAAGACUGGAGCAAGUAUUCCUGUUACUUUCAGCCACGUGGUGAAGCGGGUGCGCGAGUUAAGUGCGACUCUGCUUCUGAAGAUCUUGGCUUUGGAAAUUCAUACAAACUCAGCGAUCUGCUCAGCUCAACUGCAUCACUAUCGAGUUCAGGAAAAGCGACACAAGCAAGCUCUUCCAUCUAUGCAGGAGCAUUCAAGAUCCUUGGUCGUACGUACGAUUUGUCAAAAGUGGACUAUUUCGAUGUGCGCUUGGCAUCCGAGUCGACAGGGAAAACCUUCGAGGGACAGCUUGGCAAGUCGGAUCAAACGACUAAAGACUUGGAAGGCAAGCAUAAAUUCUCGUUAAAAACCCCGAAUCAAUGCGCAAGCUUCCGAGAUGAAACAGUGGUCUUGACUGAGCGUGACUCGAAGGAGACGCUGACGCUAACGUUUGACCUGAAUUUGAUCGGUAUUCUUCGAGCGGACCGUGUCAGAAGACUCUUGGCCGAUACCUUCCGUUUGGUCGGACUUGCAUUUGAUUCCAGAACGUUUAAUCAUACCGGAGGACGGUACAACUUGGAACAACUCCAUAAGGAUGUUGAGAUGUUCUUAUGGGAGAAUAGCCAAGCAAACUUGAUCCCGGGACGUAACGUUGCUGAGGAGCUGCUGACACAACUGCGUAUCAUGAGUCAAGCUUCUAAACUUCAUUGGAAAGCAACACCUCAACUACUGGGUUACGUGUUCGAACUCGUCUUGUUAAGUGGAGAUAACGACCGCCUUUCGUACGCGAGUGCCGUAGCUUUGGACGCUGUGCUCAAUCGAUGGUCUCGCGUAUUGGUGCAAGUGACUGAGGCUAGAGAAUAUUUGACUGGCAAUUUCCACGGCAAGAAGACUCCACGUCUAAUUGAAGCUCUGUUCACAGAAUGCGAAUGGACUGGAUUUAAUGUCAUGACAUUAAGUGAUGGGGAUAACGGCACGACAACUAACAAACAAAGGUUAAGUCCUUUCAGCAUUGACGACCGGGUUACUGUGAGAUUACCCUUCUUAAAACAUGCUGGGGUUGUUGUGGAUACCCAGUUACACGAAGGACGUUUUGUUGCCGCUCGAAUAGUCAAGGAAUGCGGUGCAGGUCUAUUCAAUGUCAAAAUUUGUGAUGUUCUUGGCAAUGAGGUCACUCUAGGUGACGCUCAAGAGCGUGUUGGCAAGCUAAAGGAGUACGAUAAUGCCAAGCACCCUGAGGCUCCGUACCUGGUUGAAUAUCUAGACGGCUUAGAGCCACGCGUAGAGUGGAGAACGCAUCGGUUGAUGAGUGAAAUUGUCUUGCAAGUAGAGGGAGAGCUGCUGAAGUCCGAGCUGGAACCUGGCGACUUCGUGCACAUCAGUGAAGAACAUAUUGUACUCUCGGCAGAAUUAACUACGGGUGUCUCUCGAGUCGACGACAAUACUGACACUUCUUCGACCAUUAUCACUGGCAAAACGCGUCCUGGAAAGAUCACAAACAGACAUGGUGGUGCGCGAUACGACGUUGUAUUUACUGAUGGACUAGUGCCUGUUAACGCCAAAGUGGUGAACCGAAGCCGUUUGAUUCCGAUGUGCAAUGAGACCAUGUACGACGGAAGAAUUACAAGCAUUUACGCGCCAGUAGCAGUUCUGGAAGGUCCUCCACCACCAAUUAAGUAUACUGUCUGUCUCGAGAACAGCGAGGUGGUCCACAACUUUUCUGGAACUCAAAUUCGACCGCGCCACGGCGUAUUUGCGGCGGAUACGGCGUUUCUUGGCGCUGUUUUCAGUUCGAACUUACCGACGUUGGAUAAAAACCGUCAUGUACCCGAUUCCACACUGAAUAUGGCAAAAUCACUGGAAAAACUGUGGUGGGGCAGUGACAAAAUCCUGAAAGUGUACGCGAUGCUUCCUGCUGCUGUUAAGUCGAUUCAAGUACGCAAUGCAACGACCAAUAAACUGUUACAAACAGCACUUCUGGAGCGAAACGAAAACGAACCACGUUUUAUCGGUCAAUAUCAUGGAUUUGUCAAAGGAGAAACGUUGGACGAGAAAGAAGCACACCAGCUCGAAUUGGUGCACAACGCUGUAUGCAAACGUCGCCAGCACAACGGAUCUUUGAAGAUGGCACCUCAAUUCAGCAAGGAAAAGUGUUUCUACUUGAUAGUCGCGUCACCUCCGCUCGUGCAAAUUCGCGGACAAGUUCGUGUGUGUUCAUCUCCUUAUUCGGAGGCGCUUUUCAAAGGAUUGGUUAUGGCUACACUGGGAAGUACACCGGACUUAGCCGUGACUGUCGUUCAGAGACUGCUGCGUGCGGAAUGCAGUAAGAUACCGCGAGCCGGCUCGAAAGAGUGUCGUGUAGCUAUUAAAUGUGCCAAAGUGGAGUUUGCUAAGAACCCUACGCGAGAUGUGGUGCUCAAUUUGAUGCAUCCAAGCUCAAAGAAAGCAGCCAUUGAUGCAGAUUUGGCUGGCGUAUCGUGGUUGGAUGCAUGCAUUGACAUCAAGUUUCAACUGUCCGUACCGUAUAAUGACCAAGGUAACAUCAGUGAAGCUGUGGCUACUGCUUACGAGAAUGCAUCGACAAUUUCGAAGCGACUUCAAACGUUCAACACUCUAGCUGUGGAAGUCAAUAUGUUGGCGCCAGAUACUGUCGAUAUGGAAAAAUUGUCGUGGCUCUUGACGACUUCGGACAUCAACCUCAAGUCCAGCAUGGCUCUCUCGAUUGACUUUUCUAGUCAAACCGGAAGAUCUGACUUGAAACCUGAAGUUUCACUUGAACCUCUCGAUGAUAUCCGUGUUAGUGUUCGUGAUUCCCACGACAAAACACACGAUCUGCACUUCAGGAUUGACGAUAUCUUGGCGGAAGCUGCAGUUCGAAGGAAUCUUACUCCGUUCCACAAAGCCAUAGUCGUGGCACCGCCUUCUGAAAACGAGUCAAUGCGCUGCCGUGUGAGAUUUUUGCCAACAUCGUCUAAUAAAUCUAACGCUGGUGCUGAUGUAGAAAAUAAGAGAACAGGUGAAGUGGACGUACCCACUGGAAGUAUUCGGUUUGACACACUCCGCGUGAAGGUGGUCGAAGCGAGUAACAUGAAAUUCAAAGAGAAAAUGGGAAAUGAAGGGCUCCAAGUGGAAGUGAUGCUCGUUUCUAGCGACUUUGAUAAGCACAUGACUGUCAGUAGUGGCAAGAAAACUACCACUCCAUUCGGUUUGGAAGUCUCUUCAACAGGCGAGCUCUUGCCAGAUAUCUAUCCGAAAAACUCGAGCUUUACACUGAUGUAUGAUACUACCCAGGUGGUGAAGCAGACCUCAGAUGCGUCGGUGACUUGGAGAGUUAAGAAUGGCCCCCCGUACGUCGAAUUUAAGUACCCGGUGAUUGAUAUGGAUCGUGUGUCGGAAGUGAGACUGGUUAUUCGAGACAAGAAAACACAGGCAAAAAUGGGUAUUGUCACGAUUCCGAUGGGAUCAAUCAGCAUUUCUCGAUCGGUUGAAGACAUUGAUAAACCCAAAGACGAGCCGAUAUAUAGUAUGCAACGUGACGGGGCUGACGGGAAGCGUGCAGUUGUCGGAACACUUUCUUUAAGUGUUGAGCGCAUUCAAAAGUACAGUGCGAACGAUGAAGUAUAUGCUAAACACCUCGAAAAGCCCAUGGACUUCUGGACUAUCUGUCCGAAAGAACUGCUUAAGUUGACGUUGGAGCAGCACGAAAGCAAGCUUUCUCGUAGCUUUCUCGCUGCGGGGCCACCAGUUUCUGGUGAAGGGAAGAUACUACUAAGCACAGCUAUUGAUAUGGAGCUCCAGCUGCAGAAAAUUGCAAAGGUCCAGAGGAUUGAUGCAAUCACCAAGUUGCAAUCAUCUACAUCCUCUCGCUCCGUGGCACUGCUAUCGUCCUCAAAUGAGUUCCAAAACUUUGAAAAUCUGAAGUCUCGUGCGAUGGACACACUGCAACAAACUUUACAACAGACAAAGUCCUUUAUGAAGGACACUGCUCAUGAACUGGGUCUUGGUCACUACAUGACUGAACACAGACUCCCGUGGUCAUCUGACACUCAAGUGGACAAACAUGAGAGUCAAUUGCGUGAUGAUGUUGUGGUAGUGGAAGCAAAUGUGGCAACAUGCACGAAUCGAGUACAGCUGAGUGUUUUAAAGCUGCAUGAAGUACUCACCAAGCACUUCAUUCCAAAACUGGACGAGUUGUAUACGCUAGACGCCGAUGAUGAUCGUGUUGACAUCACGAAAGGCGAGAGUUUACUGUCGUUUUUUGAUACUGAGGUAGAAGAGCUGGAACCCGAAGACGAAAAAGUCCGUCUGAAACUGUACCAGCGGCUUCGACUCACUAAGUUGAUUCAAGUUCUAGAUUUGAUCAUGAAGGCUUCAGUGCGUGUGAAAGUGAUGAACGAAGAUCGCAAUAACGUGGACGGCUAUAUAGGCACAGCGUGCAUCCCGUUGAUGGAUCUUCUGGACCAGCAACCACAUGACGAUGUCUAUGAGCUUCUGUACCUACCCACAACUAACUUACGCGGGUCAAGAAUUGCUGUAGAAGCGCGUGGAGCGAACGACAGAGGUAAAUUACGCUUGCGUCUCCAUUUGAAGAUUUCGGAGAGCUCUUUCUUUGAGCAAGCGAUCGAGGUGUAUAAAGUCUGGAAAGCCAAGUAUAUCGCGCAGCACGAAGCGGCUCGCAGACGUAUACACGACGCAGUCGUGCCAGCUCAACGUCGACGCUGGACGACCGUCAAAGGAUAUUUGGAUGAGCUAACGGCGCAGACUAGUGGCAAGCUACACUGGGAACGUACCCCAGUACUACUCAGUCUCGUGUGGGAUAUCUUUACCAUACAAGAGAGCACUUCAGCUCAAAGCAAGAAGAAAUCUGAUGCUGACGAAGCGGAACAUUCUCAUAGCAUUGCAAAAAUGGCAGACAAUUAUCGCGGUGCAGUGAUGAAAGUUCACCAGCGUUGGGUUAACUUGCAACCGAAACUGGACGAACUGUUAAUUAUUCAGGCUACCACACAGAUCCACGCCCACCGAACACCGGAUAUUCUUGAGGAUAUUGAGAAGGAGAUUGAAGGGCUGGAUGUGGGGCUUAGUACGGCCUGGAAGCAGGUGAAGCAGAAAUGGCAGACGUUGUUAGAGGCUUUAGAGGAGCUCGUGAGGAUGAACGAGGGCAAGCUGAACUUGGCCCGUGCGCCACAGCUGUUGAGUACUGUGGAGCAGCGGUGCAGUAAAGGACUUAACACUCGCCACUCGGACGCAGUCUCGCAGAUUCAGUCUCGUUGGAUGGCGAUCACGCAGCCGAAUGGCCCACUAAGCGAGCUUCGGUUAAUGGAGAAGAAGGGCUUACACUGGCGACGCACACACGAGUUGCUGUUGCUGCUAGAUGAACAGUGCGAGGGUUUCGCAGACGUCGACGCCAGAGCUCUGAACACUGUGCAAACCCGAUGGGAACAAGUUCAAGAAUGGCUCCAUGAGGUUGUGCAAAUGCAGCUACAGCACUCGAUUGAUAGUGAGCACACGCCAUUUAUCCUGGAAAAAAUGCAGUUGUGGAAGCCUACCCGUGGCAAAAAACAAGAAGAAAACAAGUUAGAGAGAUCACGUAGCGCUAGCGGAGUAGCGCCAUCUUCCCCGUCUGCUAAAGACAAUACUGCCAGUAGACAACCUGGGCUAUCUCGACAGUAUUCUGUGUCGUCGGAUGGGGGUUUUACGUCUGGAAGCGGCAUCGAAGACAACGGACAGUUGGAAGGUAUGGCAGAAUGGUAUGCCAUUGAAGAAGCCAAGUACGAAUUGGAACGGAUUCCUUAUCACCGUAUCACGAUGGAUUCAGACAAGAAGAACUGGUUACCAUUUUCACGUGAUGGCAAAGACUCACGUCUGUUGAUAACCCAAGAAGAAAUGUUCUUUACGCCUGCAAAUGUGCGUCUUGCACUGGAAGAUCGUGGCGUCAUCCCAAAAACUUCAACAUUUGAUCUCACAGCGGACUCGACGUCUAAUGCCAGUGCAAAAGAGGAUGUGUGGGUUAAACCAUCGCUGCUUGACUCCAAGUCUGGUUCUCAGACGGUUGUUUUACCUAAACACGUCGACGAAGAAAUCAAAAGAUUGGAAAAAGUUCUCGAAAGUCAGCGUGAAAACAGCCAGCAGUUUACUUUGCCGAAUCCUGAACGUGUAGCCGAGCUCUACCAAGCCAUGGAGAGUCUUGGAAAGACCGAAUUGCUACGCAACGUCAGCCAUGCUGUGAGCAGAAACCUCGAGCUGGCUGCACCGGAAAACUAUCAAUUACUACUGCGAGAGAUGACAAGUCGACAAAUAUCAACUACUGAAGUUGAGAAUUUGGUGGAAUCACUAGCAAUCACGUUGCGAAAGGAGACACUAGUAGCGAAGGGUAUCACGGUACCGGACACUGUAGACCCCACGACGUUGCGUCAGCUAAUGGAGGAACAUGAAAUCAGAGAGGUCGCUUUACCGCAGGAUACCAGUUCUAUCCAGACGCUACUCGAUGAACGAAGAAUGGACCAUAAGGGCGAGCCCGUGAUGCUUCGAGGAGUUCGCAUUGGCACUCAGUCCACUCAGACUGGCAAUACAAAGGCUAUCAACACUGGAUUAGGCAUUAUUGAUACGCAGGUUGAGACUCUGCGUAGGACGUUAUUGUUUGAAGCGCUCCGAAAGAGAAACUCACUGGUGCGUUCGUUUGCCGGUGAAUCACACGUGCUUGAUGAAGAAACCGAGAGAACUGAAGCCGAUAUGUUCGCUGCUGCAAUUGAGAAUGCUGAAGUCGACGUAAGUGGAGACUACCUUACACUCGUUGAACGUUUCCAGCGACUACUAGUGCAUGAAUCAUACACCAAACGACUAGCAGAGUACGCAGCAUUGGACCGCUGCAUGCGAGCUCUGUUGGGUAAAUCUCGAGACGAAGUUGUGACGAAAGAAGAAAUUGCAAUGGAACUACACAACGUCAACAAGCGAGUUAUUGGAGCUAACUAUCGCCUCCCUCCCGAGGCUUUUACGAGAGAAGAACUUUUCCAAGCAGUUGCUGCAGGACGAAUCCGUACUCCUAGCGAUGAAAUGUUAUCUCACUGUCCUGAGGGUGAAAAUGCUAGUGCUAUGGCCCACUACGCGGCCAUCAGUUACGCUGCCAACGUGUUCCAAGAGGUGACGAGUUUUCGAUCACGAGUGGAUGUGGUCAAGAACCGACUGCAGGAUACUUUCCCAUACGAUGAGUGCAGUAGUCUGGAUGGUGUUUUUCUUCAGAAGCAGCGAACUCGACAGACCUUAAGCCAGUCAAUCGCUGACUGGUUGCUUGGCUUUGACGCGUCAGCAUUGAGUAUUAAACGGAAACUUAGUGCCGCGCAUCGCCAACGACUGGAGUGGGCGUCAGCAGCGUUUACGUUGCGUAAUCGAUGGCAACAACGUGGACUUGGGUGGUGUGACCACGAAUUUGAAGGUGUCGGCGUCAAAUAUCUACUUGAUCGUCUUCUUCUCUUUGAAGCAGCGAACAAAAUGGACAUGGUCAAAACGGAAAAACUACUAAGAGAAGUUCGUGACAAGUGCUCGAGACUGAGAGACCGUGAGCAAGAGGCGCAGACAAAACUUGAAGAACGUUACCAGGCCAACCUUGCGUUGCUCGAAAAGCUCGUGACUCAUGCCGAGCGCUGCAUGAACAACCGUAAGCUGCACUCAGAAGAGACGCCAGUAUUGCUACAUAAGCUGGAGCAGGUGUGUGUGGUGCCAAAGGGACUAAACGACCGUCAUCGCGAAGCAUAUCACACGGUUGCAACGCACUGGCUGCCACAUCAACAACACCUCGCAGAGCUUGUCAAGAUGCACAGGGAAGGCACGUUCAGCAUCACCCGCACCCCAGAAUUGCUUGGAAAAAUGCAGUACCACACGGAAGGCAAGGCCGGAUCGGAAGAAUUGAGUGAAGACAAGGUAGCAGCUUCUGCUCAACGGGUUGCUCCCGAGUUACAGGCAACGUUUGUGGACCGCAAGUUGGAUGAAGUGCGACUUGGACAGCGCAAAGAACCGUCCAGUCUGCACUUGAAUCUGAACACUGAAGAAAAUGUUGAUCAAUCAGCGGACGAUACAGAGUGGAAGGAGUUGUCUCCUUCGAAGCGAGUGGUGCAGCCUUUAUCGCCACAUGAGAAGCAAACGAGCUGGAAGGUUGUGAGGAACGCAGUUGCAGCGAACGCGGCAUUUUCAGCAGCAUCACCAAGCAAAACCAAGCCGGAAAAAGCCAAGGUGGAGAUAGCACCCAAGGUUGCGCCGCCGCCUUCGCCACGUCGGAGACUAUCGCUAAGUGACGAGCUCAAAGAGCUCUUACGAUCACCAACACAAUGGUUCACUGGCACAGGACAGCAAGAAGAAUAUAUCCGAGCCGAACUCUAUUUCCCGGAACAACUUGUCCUGGAUACAGCCAGUGACUUGCUCAGCGACCCGACGAAGUAAGAGGACACUGCACAUUUAUGAUUGAAUACUAACUACAUAUUUUCGCUGGUAU